AUGCGACUAUUCAAACUAGGGCUAGCAAUCUUUCCAAGCAUUAUAUAUGCACGAACUCCACUGCCUAUUUCAAAUCAUACAGCGCUCCUAACAAGCACAGUUGCGGAUGCGACUACUUCAAAGUUGAGCGAACCAGUUCACACGAGCAUCCCUACGUCUUGCGAUGGUGUCCCCAAUUUUGCAUUCCCUGUGAACACCGCUAAAGGCUGGAAAGCUACAAAAGUUGCGGGUGGUUUGACGCAGCCGCGAGGACUUAGCUUCGACAGUUCUGGGAAUCUCCUGGUGGUUCAAAAUGGGGUUGGCAUCACUGCGCAUAAGAUGUUGCUAAAUGGAUGUCUCGAGCCUUCCAAGAUAGUGAUCGCACAGCGGGAUCUCAAUCAUGGUAUCGUGUUUAGCCAGGACGGCAAGACGCUGUAUGCCAGUUCUGCGACCAGGGUGUUUGCUUGGGCAUAUGAUACAGCGACAAUGCGUGUGUCAGAGAACUCGACAACGAUAGUAACAGGUAUGGAUACCGGAGGUCAUCUCACACGAUCCCUUGCCACCCCACCAAAACAUCCAGACCUGCUCCUUGUUUCUCACGGCUCCAACGGCAACAUCGAUUAUGGCUCCAUUGAUAUCAAAACUGGGCGCGCUUGCAUCAAGGUCUUCAACACAACAACCAUACCUCUGAAUGGCUAUGACUAUACCACUUCCGGCACCCAACUCGGCUACGGUCUUCGCAACGAAGUCGGUCUCGCCUUCGACACAUCAUCGCACCUCUGGGGCGUUGAAAACUCCGCCGACGAACUGCGCCGCACUAUCAAUGGCGUCUCAACGGACAUUCACAAUGACAACCCCGCCGAUGAGCUCAACUACAUCGGCGACCCAUCUCGCGAAAACAAGGAUUGGUACGGCUAUCCUACUUGUUUCACCGUCUUCUCUCCCUCAACUAUCCCCGGAGGAAACUUUACUAUAGGUGACCAGUUUGUAUUGGAGCCCAAUGCCACCUUUACAGAUACCACAUGCAGAGAACGUAGUGUAGCGCCUCGGAUUGCGUUUCCCGCACAUUCGACACCGCUUGAUGCAAAGUUUAACGCGGGGUUUUCUGCUCUAUACGUCACUCUUCACGGGAGCUGGAAUCGUGAUCCGCCCGUGGGAUUCAAGGUCAUUCAGGUGCCAUUUGGGCUGGCAGAUGGAGGUUUUGGACCGACUCGAGGAAGCAACGCUCCUGAGGCGUGGGAAGAUGUCUUGUGGAAUGGGCGUGUAGAUACGUGUUCGAAGACAAGCUGUUUUCGACCUGUGGGCCUGGCGGUGGAUAGGUGGGGGAGAGUGUAUGUUAGUAGUGAUAGUUCGGUGGAAGGCGAGGUCGUUAUGUUGAGAGGGGAGUGA